AUGUGUUUUCAUAACCCAUAUUAUGUAACCAAAUCACGGGGUCAGCUUUAGCAACCAUCUGCCCGACCAACGAGGGGGCGUUCUCAUUUCGCCCUACGAUAAGAGAGAGCAAACGGCCUCCACUUAUCUGCAGUUUUCAACUUUGAUUGAAAAGUUAUAUAGCAGAUUCCUAUCCAGACCAAAAUGGCUCAGCAUCCACUUCUGUCGCUGCCCGAGUUUAAGAACGUCUCAACUGGAUCUUUUGUGGUGAAGGAGCCACUGAAUUUUUGGGGAGGAGCGAGAGUGAAGCCGAAAGAUACGAAGAACUCCGAGCCAGUAUUUGAACCUGCAACGGGUCGAGUUUUGUGUGAUAUGAUUCCCUGUGGAGAGGAGGAGGUAGACCAGGCAAUUAAAAAUGCUCAUUCUGCAUACCUAAAGUGGUGUAAACUAUCUGGUAUGGAGCGGGCCAGGAUCAUGCUUGAGGCUGCCAGAAUUAUCAGGGAGCGCAGAGAGGAAAUUGCUAGAGUGGAAGUGAUUAACAAUGGCAAAUCCAUCUCUGAGGCUGUGGUAGAUAUGGACAUUGCUUGGCAGUGUAUUGAGUACUAUGCUGGCAUCGCCCCCACACUGACAGGCCAGCAUAUUCAGCUUCCAGGAGGCUCUUUUGCCUACACCCGAAGAGAGCCACUGGGUGUGUGUGUUGGCAUAGGAGCCUGGAACUACCCCUUCCAGAUAGCUGCCUGGAAGUCAGCCCCAGCAAUAGCCUGCGGCAAUGCCAUGGUGUUUAAACCAUCUCCCAUGACCCCAGUGACAGCAGUCAUUCUGGCAGAGAUCUAUAAAGAAGCAGGUGUUCCAGAUGGACUCUUUAAUGUGGUACAAGGAGGAGCUGAGACCGGAGGACUGCUGUGCCACCAUCCCAUGGUGGCUAAAGUGUCCUUCACUGGCAGUGUUCCCACUGGAAAAAAGGUUAUGGAGAUGGCAGCAAAGGGUGUGAAGCAGGUCACUCUAGAACUUGGAGGGAAGUCACCAUUGAUCAUCUUUAAGGACUGUGACCUAGAAAAUGCAAUCAAAGGGGCCCUAAUGGCCAACUUCCUUACCCAAGGACAGGUGUGCUGCAAUGGAACACGGGUGUUUGUGCAGAGGGAGAUCAUGCCACAGUUCCUGGAAGAAGUGGUGAAAAGGACCAAAGCCAUCUCUGUGGGGGAUCCAAUGCUGGAUGGGACACGCAUGGGUGCUCUUAUUAGCAAACCGCAAAUGGAAAAAGUGCUGGGCUUCAUCAAACAAGCUAAAGAACAGGGUGCAAAAGUGUUGUGUGGAGGAGAACGAUUUGUUCCCAGUGAUCCCAAAUUAAAAGAAGGAUACUAUUUGUCCCCAUGUGUGCUAGAUAACUGCAGGGAUGACAUGACCUGUGUGAAGGAGGAGAUCUUUGGCCCUGUGAUGUCUGUUUUGCCUUUUGACACAGAGGAAGAGGUUCUUCAAAGAGCUAACAACACUACCUUUGGUUUGGCAUCUGGAGUCUUCACCAGGGAUAUAGCUCGUGCCCACAGAGUGGCUGAAAAUCUUCAGGCCGGAACGUGCUACAUCAACAACUACAAUGUCAGCCCUGUGGAGGUUCCUUUUGGAGGCUACAAGAUGUCAGGCUUUGGACGAGAGAAUGGCCAAGUGACCAUUGAGUACUACUCUCAGCUCAAGACUGUAGUGGUGGAAAUGGGAGACGUCAACAGCGUCUUUUAGGCUAUUGUGGGGCUGCCCCUCAGCAUUCCUUACAGCAGUGUGAUUUUUACAAGUGUUCAGAUCUAUAGCUCUUUGUCUGAAGUUUGGGACCUAACAUCUUUAAACUACAUUUUGAAUUGAUAAAACUAAUGGGCCUUUAGUAGUGUAGCCAUUUUAAAAUGGCAAACAAGGAUAUAGCUACAGUACAUGCUCGUGUUUGAACUGCUAAGCUUUAGAACUAACUCAAUUCAGCAAGAACUGCACUUUUGUAGCAACUGUAGAAUGAUAUUUUAAAAACUAGCAGUCCCUGUGACAAUCCAUAUUUCUGUAUCUUUCAAUUUUCAGAAUGCCUUAAAUCAAGUUGAUAUAUUUCCAACAUGUGGGAGCACUAGAAUAGGCUUAACUGUUAACUAUGUAUGUAUUUCAGUGUUGUGAAUAGGCCUGUCGCGAUUAUUAAAUAAUUGUCUGAUCGCUGUUAUUUGAUUUAACUGCAGUUAUUUGAGAUAACAGUGAUUAUUGUGUACUUCCAAAUUCCAGUCACAUUUUAAUGCCCAAAUAAGGGAAUUUUAAGAGAAUAUAUAAAUGCCAUGAACGGUGUGUUUGUGUGUCAUUCAGCUGAACUUCGAGCGUCACUGAGCUGCACCGUGGAUGUCAACCAGAGCAGCUCCUGUCCGGAAGAGCGCGUGCUGUCAGCAGAGGCUGGCUCAACUUCUGCGAAAAUAUAAACUUUGAUAGUGAAUGCAAAACGGUCCGGUUCCACUUUAAUUUAACGAUCGUGUAAUGGCAAAUUUUUCUGGUCAAAGUGGGUUCGUUCAGGCAUUGGUAGUGACACACACUGACACACACUUACUCUAUUUUUGUGGAGUGAUACAAUUAUGAAAUUAAAUCUCAAAGGUUUUUCUUCAUGAGAAAUACGGGCUCGUUGGUUUAAUCAAAGAGCAUUAAAAUGACGUGACAGUGAAGAAAUUAGGACAGAAGUAUUUUACUAUUGCUUAAUAUAAUAUUAUAUAAAUUUAAUAAAAAUAUAUUUUGUAUUUUUUAAAUAGUUAAUAAAUGAAUGAUUCAAAAACAACAGUGUAAAUGUAAAAUUGACCAAAACUAAAGUUGACAAAAGUAUUUAGAAAUAUUUUGAUACUAAAAAAUACAUUUUUUUUUUUUUUUUUUUGUGAUUCAUAUAGUUUUAAAGCCUUAAAAGGAAAUCAUAUAUCCCUAUUUUAUUAUUUGAUUUAUAUAUUUGAAGUUAAAUAUGUGAAAAUGACUUAAGGUGUAUAAAGCACACGUGCACCUUAAGAAAUGAAAAUUAAUCGUGAAAGCCCUAAAACAGAUUAUUAAUCGUCAUAAUUGCAAUUAUUUGUUUGACAAUUAAUUGUCAGCCAAAUUUCAUAAUCGUGACAGCCCUAGUUGUGAAACAUUAGGGUUUGCCAAAUAGUGUCAAAUAUUUUUCAAAACUACCAGCUAAAGGCUAGAAAAGCAGGUGCUUUCCGGUAUCUUCCUACUGAUAACUUUACACAUCAGUCAUACGUACAUUCUAAAUCUUAGAUUUUUGUUUUACUAUUUGUCUACCCCUAUCACUCAACACCUUUUUAUGAUAGAAUACUUUGUAGAUUAUUGGUUUACAAAUUUGUAGCAUUUCAAAUAAAAGUUCCUUGGUCCAAGUGGAAAA